AUGUGGCGCCGCAGCGGCACGUUCUGCUGUAUUCGCAGAUGAUCCGUAAGAUUCCUGCACAUUUCUGCAUUAUAUAAUGGCUGCGUGAAUCUCCUGUACCUCGAUAAUCCGAUCAUCGCCGUGAACACCCGUGAAGAUGUCUGUUGGUAGAAUAAUUGCACGUAGCUUUUCUACGUCGACUGCCGCACAGCAGCUGGUCAAGCCUCCAAUUCAAGUUUUUGGAUUAGAAGGCAGGUAUGCCACGGCUCUUUUCUCAGCUGCGUCCAAACAAAAGAUUUUGGACGCAGUAGAGAAGGAUUUAACAAAUUUUCAGGGUCUUUUAAAGAAGGACACUGCACUGGUAGAUUUUAUGAAGAAUCCUUCGAUAAAGCGAAAAGAAAAGGUGGAGGCUUUUAAAACAAUUGGGAGCAAAAUUAAUUUGAAUCCAGCCACUGGAAAUCUACUGAUGUUACUCGCAGAGAAUGGACGAUUAUCGAAACUCAACUUAAUUAUCAAUUCGUUUAAACUGAUCAUGGCUGCCAACAGAGGGGAGGUGGUAUGUGAGGUGAUUACUGCAAAUCCACUUGAUGCCGAGACAAAGACAAAACUAGAGUCGACGCUGAAGCGUUUAUUGAAGAAGGGUCAAACAAUUGUGCUCACCACCAAAGUGGAUCCCUCCAUCAUUGGCGGUAUGAUAGUAUCGGUAGGUGACAAAUACAUAGACAUGAGUGUCGCUAGCAAAAUUAAAUUGUACACUGACCUCAUUCAAACCGCAGUGUAAUAAAACUUAGCUGAUACAAAGUAAUGGAGUAAAUUGUUGCGUACUCAUAUAUUCGAGUAUCAUGUAAAUUACAGAAAUAAAACUAUAUAAUCAAGUAAACC